AUGAGGAGUGUUUCUUAUUUGUUUGUUAUUGCUGUUUUCGGGGUCGGGUUUUCGGUUGUUGUUUUGAGUUUGCAGUAUAAGCAUCUUUUAGGGGUUUUGCUUUCUCUGGAGUUGAUGAUGUUGAGGUUGUUUUUGAUGAUUGUUAGAGUGGGUAGAGGUUUUAAUUUUGAGGGGCAAUUGUGUUUAAUUUUAAUUACUUUGAGGGCCUGUGAGGCUAGUUUGGGGUUGGCCGUUCUCGUUUCUUUAAUUCGGACGCAUGGUAAUGAUUACGUGCAUAGGUUUAAUGGGUAUAAGUGUUAG